AUGACACUUCUAUCUGCGGGGUCAUGUGGUCACCAACUGUUUGGACAAAACUGUAGUUCUUCUUGCCAUUGCUUUAAUGAUACCGACUGCGACAAAUCUAAUGGUAUAUGUCCUGCACGUGGUGUUUGUGAGGAUGGCUGGAAAACUGACCAAUGUGAUGAAGAAUGCGGAAAUCAAAGAUUUGGGAAGAACUGUUCGGAAGCGUGCCAUUGUGACGAGUGUCAUCACAUCAACGGGUCCUGUUCUUUAUUCUCAAAACAAUGUUAUCCGGGAUUCCAAGGGGAUUCCUGCAGUGAAGAACUUAAACAAACAAAAUCACCAGUCGGAGGUAUUGUGGGAGGUAUCAUGGCAUUCUUAGUUGCUGCAGGAGCAGUUGCUGGCGGGGUUUUCUUUAUUAUAAGAAGAAGAAAGCUAAACAAGGAUAAUCCUGCCAAAGACUUCUCUAAUAAACUACCGGCAAGAUCAAAUCGGGGAAAACCUGAUGCACUUGAAAUGAGGAAUAAUGCUUCCAACAAUCCUAUGUAUUCUAACAACGGUUAG